CUCGUUCAUUCUUAUUCGGUCUCUUGAAGGAAUCAGUCGCAUUCUGAAUCCAUCGGAAGUUGACAAAUUAAAAUAAAUCGCAGUGCUAAAAGCAAACGGAUAUACUGAAAAAGUUCUUCAUUUUGUGCUUACAGUGAAAACGGUUUAACGGCAAAGGCAACAACAACAAUUAACGCAGAGUGCGACGAAAAACAAAAACAACUGCGUUUUCUGUGCUAAUUAAACUGUGUUUAACAAAUCAGCAAGUGCAAGUGAAAAACCAAAGCUCCAAAAUAAAAGCAAAAGAAAAACAAUUACUAUUAAUUUUUAAAAAGCAACGCAAAGCGAAAAGUUUAAGCAAGUGCAACAGUAAUUGCGUAUAAUGGCACCAACAAUCACUGACAAUUGCGAAUUUGAAUGUGCAACAAGUGUUGACAGCAGCAUCAACAGCAACAACAACAAUAACUUUGAAAACGUUAACGAUAACGGUAUCGAAAUCGAUAACUUUACUAGCAACGAACAGUCGAAUGUGUCCGAUUUAAGCCAAGAUGGAGAGCAGGAGCAGCAGCAGCAGCAGAUGCCAUGGGAGGCACCUGGCAAGCAGGGACUCUACGAUCCCCAGAACGAGCACGAGGCAUGCGGCGUUGGCUUCAUUGUGGCCAUCGAUGGCAAACGGUCUCACAAGAUUCUACGUGAUGCCCAGACCUUGUCAGAACGGAUGAAUCAUCGCGGCGCCUGCGCCUGCGAUAACGACACCGGCGAUGGCGCUGGUGUAUUGGCUUCCAUUCCGCACGGACUCUAUGCCAAGGCUCUCGCCGAACAGGGUAUAACCUUGCCGGAGUUGGGUCACUAUGCUACGGGCAUCUUCUACUUGGACGUGGCUCAGCAUUCCUUUGCCGAGUCGGAGUUCAAUGAGCUGGCCAAGAGUCUGGGAUUGACGGUGCUGGCGUGGCGCACAGUUCCAUCGAAUCAGCAGGCGAUUGGACUUGUGGCUCGUAAGUCGGAGCCAUUGUCGCGUCAGGUGUUUGUGGCACGUCCCAAGGGCAGCGAUGAGAAGACAUUUGAGCGUCAGGUGUUUGUGCUUCGCAAGCGGGCGAGUCACGAGCUGACCAAGCAGGGAAGACGCUUCUAUAUCUGCUCUCUGUCUGAUCGGACAGUGGUGUACAAGGGAUUGUUCACCUCGGAUCAGCUGUGGGAUUACUAUACGGAUCUAAGGAAUCCACAGUUUGAGACGUACAUGGCUCUGGUCCACACGCGAUUUUCCACUAACACCUUUCCCAGCUGGGAGCGGGCUCAUCCUUUGCGUGUUCUGGCCCACAAUGGUGAGAUCAAUACCUUGCGUGGUAAUGUCAAUCUCAUGAAGGCUCGGGAGGGUGUCAUGCAGUCGGAACUCUUUGGUGAUCAACUGAAGAAGCUCUAUCCGGUUGUGGAGCCUAAUCUUUCCGAUUCGGGAUCCUUUGAUUGUGUCCUGGAGUUUAUCACCAUGGCCAGCGAUCGUUCUCUGCCAGAGUCCGUGAUGACCAUGGUCCCUGAGGCUUGGCAGAAUGAUAGAACCAUGCCCCAGGAGAAGCGUGACUUCUAUCAAUGGGCCGCCUGUGUAAUGGAACCCUGGGAUGGUCCUGCCCUGAUCAGUUUCACCGAUGGACGUUACAUUGGCGCCGUGUUGGAUCGGAAUGGAUUGCGUCCAUCACGUUUCUAUGUGACCAAGGAAAAUGUGCUGGUCAUGGCCUCCGAGGUGGGUGUCUACGAUGUGGAUCCCUCCCAGGUGACGCUCAAGAGUCGCCUCAAGCCCGGACGCAUGUUGUUGGUGGACACCAAGGAGCAGAAGCUCAUCCAGGACAUUGAGCUAAAGUCUCGAAUUGCCAAGUCGCGUCCUCAUUCCGACUGGUUGCAGCAGAAGAUCACGCUGGACGAGAUUCGUAAUGCGAAUGUGUUGAAUACACCCACUGAGGAGCCUCCAAAGGCGCCCGCCUCGCAACGCGGCAUCUUUGAUCCACGUCUCUCGCUCUUUGGCUACACGACGGAGACGGUCAACAUGCUGCUGAUUCCCAUGUUCAAGAACAAAAAGGAGGCACUUGGUUCUAUGGGCAAUGAUGCUCCUCUGGCUUGCCUCUCCGGAUUCCAGCCCAUUCCUUAUGAGUACUUCAAGCAGCUGUUUGCCCAGGUGACCAAUCCACCGAUUGAUCCAUUCCGUGAGAAGGUUGUCAUGUCCAUGCAGUGUCCCAUUGGACCGGAGGCGAAUCUGUUGAAGCCAUCCGCACAGCAGGUGCAUCGCAUAUGGCUUCCCAAUCCCAUAUUGAGCAUUCCAGAUACCCAGCUGCUCAAGCGGAACACGCAUCGCGGCUGGAAGACCAAGGUCCUGGACAUAACAUUCCAGUACAGCGACGGCUAUCGUGGUUAUCUCGAUUGCAUCGAUCGCAUCUGUCGGGAGGGCGCCAAUGCCGCCCAGGCGGGCUACCAGUUGAUCGUCCUUUCGGAUCGUGAGGCGGGAACGAAUGAGAAGGUAGCGGUAUCCGCUUUGCUUGCACUGGGUGCACUGCAUCAUCAUUUGAUUGAGACGCUGCAGCGCAUGAAGGUCGGCAUCAUUGUGGAGACGGCCGAGGCACGCGAGGUGCAUCACGUAUGUGUCCUUCUCGGCUAUGGCGCCGAUGCUAUCUGUCCCUAUUUGGCCUUCGAAUUGGCCCAGGCACUGCGUGAUGAUGGAGUCAUUGGUGCGGAGGUCACCGACAAGCAGAUUUACGCGGCCUACGCCCAAGCCAUCGAUACGGGCAUUGCCAAGGUGAUGGCCAAGAUGGGAAUCAGCACGCUGCAGUCCUACAAGAGUGCUCAGAUCUUCGAGGCUGUUGGACUGGGCAACGAGCUCAUUGACAAAUGCUUCCGCGGCACACAGAGUCGCAUUGGCGGCGUUACCCUGGAAAUCUUGGCCAAGGAGGGAUUAGAACGUUUCCAGUUAACCUACGGCAAGGUGUCGCCGGAUACGCGCAUCCUGCGUAAUCCCGGACAGUAUCAUUGGCGUCAUGGCGGCGAGGCGCACAUCAAUGAGCCCUCCUCCAUUGGCAGCCUGCAGGAGGCGGCGGUCAACAAGAACCUCAGCGCCUUUGAGGCCUUUAAGAAGACCACCCUGGACAGCGUGAAGAAGUGUGCGCUGCGUGGUCAGCUGGAGUUUGUCACGGAUCGCCAGAAGAUCGACUUGGAUGAAGUGGAGCCAGCCAGCGAGAUUGUCAAGCGCUUUGCUACGGGAGCUAUGAGCUUUGGCAGCAUCUCCUUGGAGGCGCAUCAGACCUUGUCCAUUACCAUGAACCGCAUUGGCGGCAAGAGCAACACAGGCGAGGGAGGCGAGGACUCUGAUCGUUAUCUGAAUCAAGAUCCCAAUAACAGUCGUCGCUCGGCCAUUAAACAGGUGGCUUCGGGUCGCUUUGGUGUCACAGCCUCUUACCUCGCGAAUGCCGAUGAUCUGCAGAUCAAGAUGGCUCAGGGAGCCAAGCCUGGCGAGGGUGGUGAGCUACCAGGAUAUAAGGUGACCAAGGACAUUGCCAAGACACGUAAAUCAGUGCCAGGAGUCGGCUUGAUAUCGCCGCCACCCCAUCACGAUAUCUACUCCAUUGAGGAUCUUGCCGAGCUGAUUUAUGAUCUCAAGUGCUCCAAUCCCAAGGCACGCAUCAGCGUCAAAUUGGUCUCCGAAGUGGGUGUGGGCGUGGUUGCCUCCGGCGUGGCUAAGGGCAAAGCAGAGCACAUUGUCAUCUCUGGUCACGACGGCGGCACCGGCGCCAGCUCCUGGACAGGCAUCAAGAAUGCCGGUCUGCCCUGGGAAUUGGGCGUCGCAGAGACCCAUCAAGUGCUUGUUUUGAAUAAUCUGCGUUCGAGAGUGGUCGUUCAGGCGGAUGGACAACUUCGCACAGGCUUCGAUGUCGUUGUGGCCGCUUUGCUGGGAGCUGAUGAGUUUGGUUUCAGCACAGCUCCAUUGAUUGUCAUGGGCUGCACCAUGAUGCGCAAGUGUCAUUUGAAUACCUGUCCCGUCGGCAUUGCCACACAGGAUCCUGAGCUGCGCAAGAAAUUCACCGGCAAACCGGAGCAUGUGAUCAACUUCUUCUUUAUGCUGGCCGAGGAUAUUCGUCAAAUCAUGGCUGGUCUGGGCAUACGCAAGUUCCAGGAUCUGAUUGGACGCACGGAUCUCUUGAGGAUGGCCAGUCAGCGUGAUUCGAAAGCCAGCAAUCUCGAUCUCAAGCUGCUGCUACAACCAGCCUUGGAGUUGCGUCCUGGCACAAAUAUUGUGGGUGGUUCUGUGAAACAGGACUUCCAGUUGGAGAAACGUUCCGACAAUCAAUUGAUUGCCCAGGCUCAGAGGAUCUUCAGUGGCGCCGAGAAGAACAUCACCGUGAAGAUGCCCAUCCACAAUGAGGAGCGUGCUUUUGGCUCCACAUUGAGCUAUCACAUUGCCUGUAAAUAUGGCGAAGCGGGUCUGCCCGCCGGCAAGAGCAUUGACAUCUUCCUAGAAGGAUCCGCCGGACAGAGUUUCUGCGCUUUCCUUGCACGUGGCGUGAAUGUGACUUUGAAGGGGGAUGCCAAUGAUUAUGUGGGCAAGGGAUUGUGUGGUGGCAAUGUGGUCAUCAAGCCACAGGAUACAGCUCCAUUUGAGUCGCAUCUCAACGUGAUUGUGGGCAAUGUGUGUCUCUAUGGUGCCACCGAGGGUACCGCCUACUUCAGAGGCAUUGCCGCCGAGAGAUUCUGUGUGCGCAACUCUGGAGUAACAGCUGUUGUAGAAGGUGUGGGAGACCAUGGUUGCGAGUACAUGACUGGCGGAUUGGUUGUCAUCCUGGGCUUGACUGGACGCAAUUUCGCAGCGGGCAUGUCAGGUGGCAUUGCCUAUGUCUACGAUAUUGACGGCUCCUUCAAGCCCAAGGUCAAUCCGGAGUCUGUGGAGCUGCUGCCCCUGCAACUGGACGAGGAUGUAAAAUUGGUAAAGAAACUACUCAUGGAGUUCAUCGACAAGACCGACUCCAAGGUGGCCAAGGAGCUGCUGGACAACUGGGCGCAGGAGCAGGGCAAGUUCGUCAAGGUCUUCCCGUACGAGUAUCAAAAGGCUCUCAAGGAUCUCGCCGAACAGGAGGAGGUGCAACAGCCCGUUAAGGUGGCAGCCAUCGAGAAUGGCAAUGGCAAGCACGAACCUCACAUAAAGGACAUCGAAGAGGCCAUUCAGGAUGUGGCUCUCGAGCAGAAGCGUGCUGAUCGUGUCCUCGACAAAACACGCGGCUUUGUCAAGUACAAGCGGGAGUCGGCUCCGUAUCGCGAUGCUGACGAACGUCAGCAGGACUGGAAUGAAGUCUACAACUUCCCACAUGUCCGCAAGAACCUCAAGAUGCAGGCAGCUCGUUGCAUGGAGUGUGGUGUUCCCUUUUGUCAAUCCAACUCGACUGGAUGUCCGCUGGGUAACAUUAUUCCCAAGUGGAAUGAUCUCGUCUUCCAUGGCGAGUGGCAGGAGGCGUUGCGUCAGCUCUUGCAGACCAAUAACUUCCCAGAGUUCACUGGUCGCGUCUGUCCCGCUCCCUGCGAGGGCUCCUGCGUCCUGGGCAUCUCCGAGCCGGCGGUUACCAUCAAAAACAUCGAAUGCGCCAUCAUCGAUCACGCUUUCGAGCAGGGCUGGAUUAAGCCCGAAAUCCCAGAGACGCGCACCGGAAAACGUGUCGCCAUUGUCGGCUCUGGACCCUCGGGAUUGGCAGCUGCUCAACAGCUGAAUCGAGCUGGACACUUUGUUACGGUCUACGAGCGCAAUGAUCGUGUCGGAGGAUUACUGCAGUACGGCAUUCCCACCAUGAAGCUGUCCAAGGAGGUGGUCAAGCGGCGUGUGGAUCUCAUGGCCGAUGAGGGCAUCGAAUUCCGCACCAAUGUGCACAUUGGCAAGGACACAAGUGCCGAGAAGUUGGUCGAAGGUUUCGAUGCCGUGCUCUUGACCACGGGUUCCACCUGGCCGCGUGAUCUGCCCUUGGCAAAUCGUGAUCUGCAGGGCAUUCACUUUGCCAUGGAGUUCCUGGAGGCGCAGCAGAAGAAACAACUGGGCGGCAAGAAGGAUAUCAUUUCAGCUGAAGGCAAGGAUGUCAUCAUCAUUGGUGGCGGCGACACCGGCUGCGAUUGCAUUGCCACGUCGCUGCGUCAGGGCGCCAAGAGCAUUACCACCUUUGAGAUUCUGCCUGAGCCACCUCUAAAGCGUGCCGAGGACAAUCCCUGGCCACAGUGGCCCAAAGUGUUCCGUGUCGAUUAUGGCCAUGAGGAAGUGCGUCUCAAGUGGGGCAAGGACCCGCGACAAUACUGCACCACAACCAAAGAGUUUGUGGGUGAGAAUGGUCAUAUCAAGGGCGUCCACACCGUCGAGGUGGAGUGGACAAAGACGGAGACGGGACAAUGGCGUAUGCAGGAAGUUGCCGGAUCGGAGAAAUACUUUGCUGCCGAUCUGAUACUACUUGCCAUGGGCUUCCUCGGACCGGAGAAGUCGGUGCCCAAUGAGCUGGGAUUGGAGCUAGAUCCACGUGGAAACAUCAAGGCCUGUAAUGGAGAGUAUGGCACCUCGAAUCCCAAGGUUUUCGCAGCUGGCGAUUGCCGGCGUGGUCAAUCCCUGGUCGUGUGGGCCAUUACAGAGGGUCGCCAGGCGGCGCGUCAAGUGGAUUCUUAUCUAACGGGUUAUCCCAGUGGCCUGCCCGGACCAGGUGGCGUCAUUGAUCCCACUGGACCCAGGUCCUAAAUGUCUAAUGGCAUUGGCUGAUGUUGUAGAAAAGAAUGAGGAUGACGAUGAUUGGAUACGGGAAGUCUGUCUGUGUGCGUGCGUCGUCCUUAGCAUAGAGAAAUUCGUGUGUUUUCGCUCGGAAAACCAAUUUGCAAUUUGUGAUUCUUAUUUUCGCGAUUUUAGAUUAGUUAACACUAAAAAAAGACUUGAGUUUAUUUACACAUUUAUUAAACACGUUUUCCUUUUCGUUUUAUUAUUCGUUGCGACGCCACGCCCAUAAGGCGCUGCUGGCGAUGCCCUCCAAAACGAUGAUGAUGAUAUUGCA